AUGGCGGCGGCCCGGCGGGUCCCCGCGCUGGCGGGCGCCGCGCUGGGCGGGCGGCCUGCGGAGCUCGGCGGCGGCGGCGGCGGGAGAGGUGGGCCGCGGCAGCUCCGCGUCGGCCUGUGCUCCAGGGCUCCCGAGGGAGACGGCUGCGACCCCGCGACCCGCGGGCCCGAGGGGCGGCCGGAGGGCCGGGCGCUCACCGCGGAGGAGCGGCGGAUUGCGGAGCUGCACGAAGCCGCGUGUGCGGCUGGCCAGCUAAGCUAUGAGGACCCGGCUACCGGCUCUGUGGUGUUCACGAGACUGGCUCACUUGCAGAGAGGCUCUUGCUGUGGCUCUGCCUGCAGACACUGUCCAUACGGUCAAGUCAAUGUCAAAGACCCAUCUAAAAAGAAGCAAUUCAAUUCUUAUUUUUAUGUUUGACAACAGUGACAUCUCUCUUCUCGAAUUGAACUUUUAUUUAACAAAUAAAGAAAGCCCCAAGCCAUAA